AUGAACUACUUUAGAAAACCAAAUUAUACGCCUGUGAGAGCAAAUCAAGAAAAAGCUCUCCUUUUGCCAAAUAUUUUUUUGUUUUAACAAUCUCCCGAACGAAAAUCUAUUCAUUAACUAAAAGGAAAAAAUCUAAAAUACGGAUUGAAAAAAUUAGAUAUUUCAACUAACACAGUUGAUUUAAAAUCUGAUAGAACAAAAGAUCUGAUAGGGAAUUUAUCUUAUUAAUCAAGAACUUUAAGUGGAUUAAACAUCAAUAAUCAACAAAAAGUCAAUCAAGAUUCUUAUUUGAUUUUAAAAGAUUUACAAUACAAGUUAUUUGGGAUUUAUGAUGGUCAUGGCAAAUUUGGUCAUUUAGUUUCUUCAUUCAUCAAAUUUAAUUUAGAAAGUAUGAAAAAAUAACAAUCAUAUAGAAUUCAUUAAAAGUGGUCUAGGAAAUGUGGAGGAAAUGAAAGUAGCCUAUGAAUUGUUGAAUAAUUAAUUAUUAGAGUCAAAUAUUGAUACGCAAUUGUCAGGUAAUAUUGUAUAAGAAUGAGGAUCGACUGGCAUUAGUGUCCAUAUUAAUGAACAGCAUUUAUUUUGUUGUAAUGUAGGAGAUUCAAAAGCUAUCUUAGGGAGAAGAUAGUUGAUGAAUAAAUACUAAUCAAUAAGAUUAAAUAGAUUACACAAGCCUAUAGGACUAGAGAGAGAUAGAAUCAUUAAGUUUGGUGGGAGAGUGGAAUGUAAUAAAGGUAGCAAUAGAUAUAUAAAAUAGAUAUAUAUGGAAGACCAAGAAGUCCUCUGAGAGUGUGGAUGCAAAAUGAGGAUCUGCCAGGAUUAGCAAUGACGAGGUCUUUUGGAGAUAAAAUGGGAAUUAAGGCUGGAAUUAUUGCAGUGCCAGAAAUAUUUGAAAUAUAAUUAACAAAAGAUGACCAUUUCAUCUUAAUAGGUAGCGAUGGAUUAUUUGAACAUUUAAGCGAAGAGGAUGUAGCAUUAAUAACCAUUAUCAUUAGAUAUGUAAAUUAAUAAGUAGAUACUAUCCACUCUAGAUAGAAAAAGCAGCCGACAUGUUAAUGCUAGAAGCAUAAAAGCAGUGGAAAUUAAUAAGUUUGGGUAGAGAUGAUAUUACAUUUAUACUAAUUUUUAGAUUUUCUUGA